AAGAUGUGCCUGUCGGUCAUAGAGUUAUUUCAGUACUUGCUACGAGUAAAGAUAUUGGUGUCAAUGCAGAGAUAACAUACAGAAUUACUGGUGGCAAUGAACAUGGCAAGUUCCGUAUUGAUCCCAAGAAUGGUGUUAUCACAGUGGUUGAACCUUUGGAUUAUGAAAUGGCCACUGACUAUUAUCUGACUGUGCAGGCUGUUGAUGGUGGUGACCAACCACAACAUGAUCUAACCACAGUUAAUAUUAAUGUCACAGACGCCAAUGACAAUUCACCAAUAUUCAACCAGCAGAUCUAUAGUACCGAUAUCAAUGAAGCAGCACAAGUUGGCGAUAGUGUGUUGCAGGUGAUAGCCACAGAUGCCGAUAGUGGAUUCAAUGGUGAUGUCAUUUAUACUAUACAACGUGGAGAUAGAUUGAAUCAAUUCCACAUUGGCAGUAAAAGUGGUCUCAUUAGUAUUACAUCAGAGUUGGACAGAGAGCAGAUGUCAGCAUACACAUUGACAAUAAGAGCCAGUGAUCAGGGCCAUGAUCCACAGUUUACUGAUGUAACCAUACAGAUAAGAGUCUCGGACAUCAAUGACAAUCCACCAAGAUUUUCACAAGAUAACUACACUGUCAUUGCACAGGAGGAUACGGAAAUCAAUGCACCAUUGCAGCAGUUCUUCAUUACUGACCUUGACGCUCCUCCCAACGGUUCACCGUUCAAGAUUGAAAUAGUCGGUGGGAACGAGGGCAAUGAAUUUCGUAUCAGUCGUGACAGCAUUCUACGACCUAUGAUCAGAUUUAACCAAGGGCAGAAAGACAAUUACAUAUUGAAAGUCAGAGUAACUGACAGCGGCACACCAGCCAUGUGGUCUGAAGCACAUGUGGAAGUCAAAGUUAUAAUAUCUAAACAUCCACCUGUGGUUUCCAGUCCUAUGGAAGUCACUAUCAACUCGUAUCAAGAUGACUUCCCUGGUGGGGUUAUUGGUAUGAUACAUGCUGUAGAUAAUGAUGAAUAUGACACUCUGACAUAUGCCUUAGUCUCAAAUAAUGGCCAUCUGUUUAUGGUUAAUUCUAAUGAUGGUAUGAUCAUAGCAUUGCCCGAUCUUGAUAUUGGCUUCUAUAUCCUGAAUAUCAGCGUCUCGGAUAAUAAGCAUAUCUCAUAUGGUGAAGUGCGUGUUAAUGUAGUCAUGGUAACACAGGAUACCCUUGAAAACAGUCUCACCAUUCGCUUCAGUGGAAUUAGCCCAGAAGUCUUCCUGGAGGGUUACUAUCGUAUCUUUACCCGUACGCUUAAGAACAUGCUGUUGUCAGUCCAGCCAGAUGAUAUACAAAUGGUCAGUUUACAGGAGACAGACUUUGAUAGUGGUGACCUGGACGUCUUAUUUGCUGUGGAGAAAUCGCCAAAUACAUACUACAAACCUAAGCCACUGGUUCGGAAAAUCAAUGACAGCAUUGCUUCGCUUGAAGAAAGAAUGGGAGUGUCAGUAGCUGAAAUAUUCACAUCUGUUUGCCUACUUGAUACAUGUGAUAAAACAACACGAUGUAAAGACAGUCUUACUUUAGAUCAGUCAACCAUUGCUGCGGUGUAUUCAACAAGGACCAGCUUUGUGUCUGCCAAACAUGUCAGGUCAUACACUUGUGUAUGCAAGGAAAAGAGCGACAGUUGUGAGGAACCAACAACUGAAGAACCGGGUAAUGCGUGUGAUAAUGAUCCCUGUCCAGAACACAUGAUUUGUUUACCAGCUGGUACUAUAGACUACAGCUGUGUCUGUCCAGAUAAUAGCGUGGAUGAUGACUGUGUUGAUCCUAGAUUCCGCCCUGUUAGUUUCAGUGGGUCCAGUUAUAUUCAUUAUAACAACCUGGUGUUGGAUACUACAUCAACACGUGUCUCUGCUAAAGUUAGAACUAUGAAAUCUCAUGGUAACAUUAUGUAUGGUACUGGUGACUAUGAUUACAGUAUUCUGGAGAUUGAAAAUGGUUUGCUGCAGUAUCGUUUCCAGUGUGGUAGCGGUGAAGGACUUGUCCAGAUAGUACAGAAAAUAGACGAUGGUCAAUGGCAUGACGUUAGUGUACAUCGAAGAGGCAAUAGUGCGAAAUUAGUACUUGAUAAUCAGUAUGUCGAAAAUGGUGAUGCACCUGGCGAUAAACGAGAACUCAACUUAGAUGAUAUCUUUUUUGGAGCUGAAGUUGAAAGUGAUGCACGUCGUAGACGAGAUCCCAUUUCUCAGUACGGGAGUAUCAGCAAUGGGCUUGAUGGUUGUAUGAGUAAUUUGAAUUUGAAUGGCGAAAGAUUACCAACGUCCGGUGAUGACGUGCAAUCGAAUGGUGUUGGCGAGUGUCCGUACAGUAUUAGAAGUGCUUGUCUUAGUAGUCCGUGCGUGAAUGGCGCGACAUGCUUGGAUAUUGAUGGCACCUUUCAAUGCAAUUGCAUGAUGAAUUGGUUUGGUGAUCGCUGUCAAUUUACAUCGCCAUGUGGACCGAGCCCAUGUAGGAAUGGUGGUACGUGCAUCAAUGAGAAAACAGACUUCCGCUGUGAAUGUCCCGAAGGACUGUAUGGUAAAACUUGUACAAAUUACUGUAUUCCAAAUCCAUGCUUGCAUGGCGGUUUGUGUAUUGAGAGUGAUGAUGGUCCCAUCUGUGAGUGUCGUGGCUUCACUGGACCUUAUUGUAACGAAGACAUCAACGAAUGUCUGGAUAAUCCAUGCAAUGGUGGGAUGUGUACAAAUACUCCUGGAGGUUUCACCUGUAACUGUACUAUCGAUAGACAAGGGCCGGACUGUAAUGAAGUAAGCGCAUUCUCCCCUCAUAUCACAACAUCCAACUUCCUCAUUACGUGGCAGGAAAUAGUUGGUAUUAUCGCCGCCCUGCUGGGGUUGACUCUGCUAGUCAUCUUCUUUGUCGCAUGUCGAAAAUACAGACGUAGGAAGAAUUAUAAGGGGAAGAAGAGGCAAACUAACUUGAAUGACAGCCUGACACGUGAUGCCAAUACAUUGAUGUUACAUCGCAUGGACAAUCUUGGAGGAGAUAAACGUGAUAGCAAAUUAUCUAAUCUGGAAGUUAACUUUCAACCAAGUAAUAACAUGCCUCCUGAGAUCCCGAAUAGACCAACCUCAUACACACCAAGUAAUCAUAAUUCAUUAAACAACCUUGACAGUGAUCGUAACUAUGAUGAAAAUGAUCAGAAUGCUUAUCAAGGUCAACCAGUUAGUCAGCCACCAACACUGGGUCCAAUGCCACCCUCCAACUCAGCAUCUGAUAGUGACUCUAUUGCAAAGCCUCCAUGGGAUUUUAAUGAGACGACACCACCAAAUGUGACUGGCACUGAGAACUACGAUAACAUGUGUAAUAAAUUAAAUGACCCUGAUGCCAACAAUGUACCAAAGAAUGUAGUGAGUGAAGAGACUCCUGGCUACAGACAGCGAGAUGGAACUAAUACUAACUACAGUUCAUUGAGUUCAUUGCAGUCAGAAAAUGAUGAAGAUAUGUUACCAGGCUACCACUGGGACUGCACAGACUGGAUGCCACCAGAAAACCUGCCAGAUAUUUCCGAAUUACCACAGUAUGAGGUACCAGACUCUCCAACAAAUAGUAACGGGACAAAUACAAAUGAUUUCAUUAUUGAAGAUGAGUAUGUAGGAGAGGAUACAGACUAUCCUGAGGACCCGAGUGAUAUUCAGUACCCUCAUAACAUAGAUGACUUUCAAAGACAAUUAGAGAACUAUCCUCCUCCUCCUCCACCGCCACCUCCCCCUCAACAUCCAGAGGAAGGGAGUCAAUAUGGUAGCUAUCAGCACAAAGAAAACUUAUACAAGCAACAUCCCAGCCAUUAUUUACCACAUCAUAGUUAUAGUAAUUCACAGACAUCCCAGGAUAUGUACGGUAGUGGACUAGACAUGUACGGCCCUGCACCACGUUACCACAAUAACGUAGCAGGACCACAAGAUGAAAUUCCUAUGGCCGAUGAAGAUGAGUACGACGAUGGUAGCGAAUACAAUGCGGACUGUGAGCACUCAGUGUCCAACCUGGACAACCUGUCAAUCUCUGUGUACUCCACAAACGCUUCAUGCUCAGACGUUUCGGCUCUUUACGAGCCGGAUUCCGAGAUGGGUUUAAGUGAUUAUGAGAGUGGAGAUGACAACCUUUCCCAUCUGUCCACUUUGCACACUGAGGUUUGAUUCACAGAGUAUUGUAGAUUCCUACCAAAUUCUUACUCAUUUACAUACAGGAUAUUUUAACUACGGUAGAUAAAACUUAAUGUUUUAUGGAUAUUUGUCUUCUUGUUCUUCCAAUGUGAUGUCUCUACAGAAUUUAUUGUAUAUUGAGUUUUAUGGAUAUUUGUUAUAUGUUGUCUUCUCAUGUCAAUAAAGUGAAAAAAGAAAUUUUUGCUCUCAAAUUGAUUACACAGGAGAUUGCCUUAAAUGUUGAGAAGAGUUUCAAUUGCCAAAAAAAUCUUCCACAUACUUAAGUGGUCUUUUCUUUUAAUAGCUAGAAUAUCUUUCCCAGUUCAAACUUUUUUUUUUAAAUUUUAAGAACUUUUAGAUCACAAUUUAAUUGGAAGAUUUUAACCAAUUGAUUAUUUAAUUGAGAAAACCCCUUUUCCCAAAAAUAGAUUUCUACUCCCUCAUUAUUUACUUCAACUGUAAGUAUGUAUAUAUCUAUAUAUGAAGGUAAAAAUUGAACACUUGUCCCCUAUUUUAUUUUGUGCUUCCUUCCCUUGGAUUAUAGUGUGAUGUUCCAAUCACUAUGCAUUAAUAAAGACUAUGCCAUUGUAUUAGAGGGAGCUGAAGCUGACAAUUUGUCUCUGUUGACUGAGACUAGAUUUGUUUUCUAAGGUGCUUAAAUUCAAUUUACUGUUACAAGUUAUUUUUUUUAAUUAAUUUUUUCUGUCAGAUGUAUAUGGAAACAUAUUUACUGCUCCAAACUAUGUUCAGGUGACUGUGAAAUGCUACCCACAUUGUACAGUGUCUUCUAUUAAAAAAAAUAUGCAUUCAGUGUUGGACUUUUAUUUUGAUGAACAGCGUGUUUACAAUUGCAAAUAGUAGGGGUGAUAUCUCAUUUUAAGAUCAGUUUGCAAUUUGAGUAUCCUUUCACAGUUCCCUAGGGGACCCAAAUUUGAGUAGCCUUUCACAGUUUCCUAGGGGACCCAAAUUUGAGUAGCCUUUCACAGUUUCCUAGGGGGACCUGAAUUUCAGUAGCCUUUCACAGUUUCCUCGGGGACCUGAAUUUGAGGAGUAUUUAAUAUCUAUAGCAUUCACAGUAUGAUGUAAUUUAUUAUAAACUUAUAAAAAAACCUAAAUGUAUAUGUGAAAGGUGUAAAACUAGCAAUAGUUGUUUUAUUUUUAGUGUUUCUAAGGCUUUUUUUUUGUUGAAACUUGACUUCAGAAGUCAAGUGCUGUAAAGUGUAUCCGCUGCCUUUUGUGUACAGAGAUUUUAUGUAUCCGUAGUUGCUUUGUUAUAUAUGUAAUUAGUGAGUAGACAGCCCAGAUGAGAAGAAAUGCAUUUUAAAUAUUUUAAUUAAGGAGUAUACCAAAAUGAAAAAAAAAUGUGUCCAAUAAAUUUAAAAAAAAGAAAAUUGCCAUUUUGGUGUGAAAUAGAUUUCCAAUUUUCUUAUUAUCAUGUUUACUCCGUCAAAUUUUAUUGUGAAACAUCUCUAGAUAAAAUUCUUCAUCUGUGUUUUAUUUACAGUUAGCGUGCUUGACAGAACUCAAUAAAAUAGUUUCAAUGAAAAGUUUUAUUUUGAUGUUUCACUCAAAAAACUAUUCUACAAAAUCCUUAUUUUUAAUUUUUAGCAGUUCUGAGAUUGUUGAGUGAACAAAAGAGAAGUGAUUCUGUAAAUUUCAAUGUUUAAAUUACUUUUCACGUUAUUGAAGUUAUUUUGUCAUUAUUUUUUGUAUCUUCAAUAAAACUUAUAAAGUUGUAUUUAAAAACAAA